AUGGAAGAAACACAGCUGAAGGAAGAAGAUGAGGAUACAUACCUAGGAGUCACAUUUGACAAGAGGCAAACUUGGAAGCCACAUAUCAGCCGUAUUGAAAGAACUGCCAGAAGGAAACUUGAUUUGAUGCGCAAACUUGCUGGAAUAACAUGGGGUGCUAAUGAGCAAAUAUUGAAAACCAUAUACCUGGGCACAGUGAGACCCACAAUGGAAUAUAGCUCAGCAGCAUGGUCCACUACAGCCAAGACCAACCAGCAAGCCCUCGACAAGGUACAGAACCAAGCACUGCGAAUCAUAACAGGGGCCACCAAGUCGACACCCAUUGCCUUCAUGGAAAAACUUACUGGUAUACAGCCACUGCAUGAAAGAAGACAAACUAAAGUACUACUACAGGCUGAAAAGUUCAAAUCCCUACCUGACCAUCCAAUAAAAGCUAGACUUACAGAAGGUACUAAAAACCGGCUGAAGAGAGGUAGUUUUGUACACCAAGUGAAGACACUUAACAGACAGUUUGUACAACAGCUGGACACUCAAACAACUCCACUCAGCUCUGAAGACAUUGUAAAUCCAACAGCAAAUGAUCUGUCAAAGGUAAAAAUCAGACUUACUGUCCCCCUACUUGAUUCAGAAGCACAAAAUGAAAUCAUUAAAAGAAGUCAUACCUUAGCCAUGAUAAACGAGGAUUUCCCAUCAGAUCUGUGGACACAUGUAUACACAGACGGAUCAGCUCCUAAAGCCGUUGAAGACGGAGGAGCUGGGAUCCUCAUCAGAUAUCCAUCAGGCAUAAAUGAAACACACUUCAUGGCCACAGGAAAAGGUGCAGCAAUUACAAAGCUGAGACAGAAGCACUCAUGA